AGGAAGAAGAGACGCAGAUAUAGAAGGGGAGAGAGAGAGAGGGAGAGGGAGUGAGAGAGAGAGAAACAGAGAAACAGAGAGAGUGCAGAGCCUCAGAGCGCAGCUCCCGCUCCUACACGAAGAAAAGAAAUACGGAACAGACAAGGGAGAAGAAGAAGAAGGAGGAGGAGGAGGAGUGUGAGCGUCCACUGGAGGCGACACCUGUCAGAUCGUCACUAAAACAACAUUUGGUUAAUUUAAGCAAAAAUAAUCCUGAUACGCAAACGCCCAGAAUCCACGGGGAUUAACGGAGACUGGCAGCCCGGUGUCUGCGCUGUAGUUCACAGUUAGGAGACGCGGAGCUGCGAAAGAAGAGAAGAAAGAGAGAAAGAGAGUGAGUGUAUAUUUGUGUUUGUGUGUGUGUGUGUGUGUGUAGAUAUAUGUUGAUGAGUGCUUGUCGCUUCCACGUCAUGAAAAGACAUUGUGGAGUUGAAGUAGUGAAGUUGCCGAGGGAAAGAUGCCGACUGACGGCUGACAGACAGAGCCGGGAGGAGUCGAGGACAGAGGGACAGAGAGAAAACACUAUCGCAGACUCAGUAAACAUCACUCAGCUCUUCUACUGAAGCAGGCGUCAGACUGAGACUACUGUGAGGAUAAUCAGCCAGAAGUCCGUCUCCCCAACCUGUUGGUGAACUCUUCACACUGAUCACAGCAACCUUAGUGUGGAGCACAUACAGAACACACUCUCAUCUGACUCUGCAGCCUAAAAAAAAGAUCUGUGUCGGCUGAAAAGGAAGGAAUCUAACAUUUAACAAAAGACCCAGGAGAGGCUGAAACUGAUAGAGUUCACAGCUACCAGACUCCGUAUUCAUCACAUCACAGGUCGACCUGUCCAUCACAGCCUCCACGUAUGCUUCUCGCCAGAACUGAACAGUGACAUUUCAUUAAUAACAAUUUACAUUCCCUACAAUCUGCUUGAGACGUGAGCACCGAUCCAACCAGUUGUAUUUAGGAGAAACACCUGAAAAGUCCAAGGGAGCUGUUCUUGUUCCUGCAUGAAACACUUUGCAUGAACAUCCAGGAUUGUUGUUGACUUCAAGAAGGUUCCCUGAGACUUCAACCGCCUUCUGACUGCCUGCCACAUCGUACCAUUUGGUUGUGGAGGAGUUGCAUCAGAAUUAGGCCUCUGGACAUUCACAGAUGAUGACUUAAGUUGGCAGGCCUGAAAGCCCCUUACCCAAAAAAAUAAAUAAAUAAGCAGAGAAGAAGAGGGAUCUUGGCAGCGGGACACACAAACACAAAUGAACAUGCCGAGGCGUCUCUGAGCCAUGCUGGUACUGGAGCCCUGGAGUAUUGGCUAUCAUCAUCCCUAUCAUCAUUUGCGCAUGAUAAAGGAGAUUCAACAGCCCAGAGGAACGAGUCUGCACUUCUGAACGAUUCAAAGGAGACUGGGAGACGGAGCUUUGCACACAUACAUACACACACACACACUCACACACACACACACACAGUCUCAGAGGUCUGCAGUGACAUCUUCAAUCACACACACACAGUGAUACCACUCUUCAGAAAUCCUUGAUUCAGGAUAAAAGCUGCAGUGGGCGUAAAAGGCACAAAGAGUGAGCAGGACUUUAUUCCAACAUGGCUGCUGAGAGUCUGGCCGAGCUCCGUGACUGGCUCUUUCUGCUUCUUCUGUGCCUCACCUUAUUGGCUGAGGUGCUGGAACUAGCCGCAGCGGCAAUCGCUAUGGAGACAGGCGAGGGAGAUGAUGGCAUUGUUUGUCCCUCAGUGUGCCGCUGCGAUGAAGGCUUUGUCUACUGCAACGACCGUGGACUCAGCUUAAUUCCUCCAUUACCACUAAUGGCUGCCAUCCUCUACUUACAGAGCAACCGGCUGACAAAUGCUGGGUUGCCACCGUCGCUAGAGCGCAGCAAUUCUAUACGAGUGAUUUAUCUGUACGCCAACCAAUUAGAUGAAUUUCCGAUACACCUCCCGCCCUCAUUACGAGAGCUUCACUUGCAGGAUAAUAACAUACGAACGUUACCGAGGUCAGCAUUGGCCAAAUUACCAUUACUAGAACGCUUACACCUGGAUGAUAACUCUAUAUCUACGGUUAGCAUCCAGGACAGAGCUUUUUCUGGAACUCCACGGCUUCGAUUGCUUUUUCUGUCUCGAAACCAUCUGUCCAGCAUCCCUGCAGGUUUGCCAGCCUCCUUGGAAGAGUUGCGACUAGAUGACAACAGAAUAAGCACUAUUCCUACGCAUGCCUUCCGAGGUCUCUCCUCACUGAGACGCCUAGUUCUGGAUGGGAACCUGUUGGCUAACACACGCAUAGCAGAUGACACAUUUUCACGUCUCUCCAAUCUGACUGAGCUAUCACUGGUCAGGAAUGCUCUGCAGUCACCUCCUGUCAAACUGCCCACUGCUCACCUGAUACGACUACAUUUGCAAGACAACGGUUUGACCCACAUACCACGGGGAGCGCUGGAUGGUAUGAGACGGCUACAAAAGUUGGACCUGUCAGGGAACAAUCUGACCAGUCUCCCUCGAGGCCUCCUGAAAGACACAGAGAGUCUGGAAAUGUUACUUCUACGAGGCAAUCCCUGGUACUGUGGCUGCAACCUUCGCUGGCUUCAUGCAUGGCUUCAUGGCAGGGGGUCAGGGGUGACAGUCAGAGGUCUUACCUGUCAAGGGCCUGAGGCAGUAAGGGGUCAGAGCUUGAAAGACCUCACCUCCCUAAUGGAACAGUGCGAAAGCCCCCCUGCUGGUCCAAGUACUGGACUUGGGAUAAACCCAGGUGAAAAAGAUGGUGGAGGAGAGGACAGUGUUAGAGUGGGCUCAGCAGGGGCUUCCGUCCCUCAUGGUAUCACCACCACCCCUUCUUUGUUGAUCCCUACACAAGGUUCACUCUUUACCCUGCGAGCCAAGUGGCCAGAUCUUGUGAUGCCUCUUCCACCCAGUGAAGGAGGACAUGUAUCUGGAGAGGCUUUGGAGCUGACUGUAAAGCAUCUCUCUUCGGACAGUGUACUGGUCAGUUGGCUCUGCCCAAAGCCAGCACCCUCCUUUCGCUUGUCCUGGCUAAGGCUGGGAAGCAGUGCAGCUCUCGGUUCAAUUACAGAAACUUUGGUUCCUGGAGAGAGGACACAGUACCUCCUUAACCAGCUCACCCCACGCUCACAUUACCUCAUCUGCCUCCUGCCACUACGACAGGACCACCCAUUUGGAGGGCCCAGUAUGGGAACAUCUCGAACAGGCAGUUCGGGCAUAGGAAUGGACAUAGACAAUAAAGACUCUGUUCCUACCUGUGCUAAAAUAGAGACUGGAGAGGCUCAGGUUAGCACAGGCGGAGACCGGUCAGAAAAAGACGGACAGGACUCAGAGCUAACAGCCCUGCCUUUAGCAGGGAUCAUUGGGGGUGCCACUGCAUUAGUAAGCCUGCUGUUAAUAUUUGGCAUCUUCUGCUGGUAUGGACAAAGGGCAGGUUAUAUGUCUGGGGACUCGGGCUCAUACAACAGGGGACGGGGUGGAAAACAUUACGAUGACUAUGUCGAGUCAGGCACCAAGAAAGACACUUCCAUUUUAGAAAUCAGGGCUCCUCCCCCUGGGUUUCAGAUGACAGCUAUGACCCAUCAACCACUUCAGCCCAAGCUAGAGGACGUCACCUAUAUCCACACUAUUUUCCCUUCCUCUUCCUCUUCCUCCCAAGCCAAUGGGACCUACCGGAGCAACCACGUAGCUGGCAGCCUCAACGGCACCAUCCUCAGCCAAACCAGCCACCAUCACGUCACUUAUGGUACCAACCGUGGCUACAGAGAUGGUGGCAUCCCUGACAUAGAUUACGCUUACACGUGAUGACACAGGGACAUGCUCCCGAGGCCACUAAUACCAGGGGUGUUAGUUGAUAUAACGACCCUUGAGCUUGUGGCCAUUUUGUCCAUGGUUUCCAAAGUACCCUCUGUGCCUCUGCUGGUUCAAUUCUGAUUGGUUUAUUAGGUAGA